AUGACAAAAAGGAAAGACGACCCUGUUGCAAAAGAUUGUGCAUCGAAAACAGUAAAGGAUUUGUUGACUUCGCAACAGUUACAAGAUGUACCAAAGCCUUCUGAUAAUAGCCUCUCAAUGAUUCAAAUUCUUCCAAACCAUAUGUUUUAUCAAUCAAUUUCAUUUGAUGAAGCUUUCCACAAAUCACUGUUACAAAAAAAAUUUGAAAAAUUUGAAGAUAAUGGGAUCCUUUUCAAGAAGUCUACACAAAUGUUCUAUAAGUGA